AAUCCGUCCUCCUCUCCAUCACUCUCUUCCCCUUCCUCAUCCAGGCGUCGUCCCGCUUCCGCCCACGACCUCGCAUCCGCCGUCGAUUGGUUCCGAGCCCUUUUUCGCUCUCUAUCCCUGUGUCGGACGCCGAGCUCAGCCUCCUUCCGCGGCUGCUGCACCCAGCAACCCUGCCCCGAUAUUCGUAAUUCGAGACUCGCCCCCGAGACGCCCCGUUGCUGUGACGUUAUUUCCGCUCCGCAGCUUCGUCAACAACAAACCGUCCCGAUUCCAACAAACCCACCCGCGUCUCAUCCUCGAGCCACGCCUGCGAGUCCGACGCCGACGUCGACACCCACGUCGAUUCCCGCCGCUGCCGACGACCAAGACAACUUCCCGGCGACACCAGCGGCGCUGAGCCCUUCGUCACGGCCAUGGGUGUCUCCUGCUCGACAUGCUGUGGAGGACGAUCUCGCGAUGGCCUCUACGAGCCUGUACUUGCCGAUAGCGAGCGGGAGGCCGUUGCCGACCUGCUGCAGUACCUGGAGAACCGUGGCGAAACCGACUUCUUCUCGGGCGAACCUCUCCGAGCUUUGAGCACAUUGGUCUUCUCAGAGAACAUCGAUCUCCAACGCAGUGCCAGCUUGACGUUUGCCGAGAUUACCGAGCGAGAUGUCCGGGAAGUUGAUCGCGAUACCCUCGAGCCCAUCCUCUUUCUGCUUCAGAGCCCCGAUAUCGAGGUCCAAAGGGCGGCCAGCGCCGCCCUGGGAAACUUGGCAGUUGAUACGGAGAACAAGGUCCUGAUUGUGCAGCUUGGUGGCCUAACCCCAUUGAUCCGCCAAAUGAUGUCACCCAACGUCGAGGUUCAGUGCAACGCCGUGGGAUGUAUCACGAACUUGGCCACCCAUGAGGAAAACAAGGCCAAGAUCGCUCGAUCUGGUGCUCUUGGUCCCCUUACCAGGCUCGCCAAAUCCCGCGACAUGCGGGUUCAGAGGAACGCAACUGGUGCUCUGCUCAACAUGACACACUCUGAUGAGAACCGACAGCAACUCGUAAACGCCGGAGCUAUCCCGGUCCUCGUUCAGCUACUCUCCUCGCCCGAUGUCGAUGUUCAAUACUACUGCACCACCGCCCUCAGCAACAUCGCCGUCGAUGCCAGCAACCGACGGAAACUGGCGCAGUCCGAGCCUAAGCUGGUCCAGUCCUUGGUCAACUUGAUGGACUCGACUUCUCCCAAGGUCCAGUGCCAGGCAGCUCUUGCCCUCCGAAACCUUGCUUCCGAUGAGAAGUACCAGCUCGAUAUCGUGAGAGCCAACGGCCUCCACCCACUCCUCCGCCUCCUGCAGUCCUCCUACCUGCCUCUCAUUCUCUCCGCGGUUGCCUGCAUUCGAAACAUUUCUAUCCACCCGAUGAACGAGUCCCCCAUCAUCGAGACCAACUUCCUCAAGCCCCUCGUCGACCUCCUUGGAUCCACCGACAACGAGGAGAUCCAAUGCCACGCCAUCUCGACACUCCGAAACCUGGCAGCCAGCUCGGACCGCAACAAGGCCCUCGUUUUAGAUGCUGGCGCCGUGCAGAAGUGCAAGCAACUCGUUUUGGAUGUUCCUGUCACAGUCCAAUCGGAGAUGACGGCUGCCAUUGCGGUCCUCGCUCUGAGUGAUGACCUGAAGUCGCAUUUGCUGAACCUCGGCGUGUGCAGUGUCUUGAUCCCCCUGACACACUCGCCCAGUAUCGAGGUCCAAGGCAACAGCGCUGCUGCCCUUGGUAACCUGUCCUCUAAAGUUGGCGACUACUCCAUUUUCGUGCAAAACUGGACUGAGCCCAACGGUGGCAUUCAUGGCUACCUCUGCCGCUUCCUGCAAUCGGGCGACGCCACCUUCCAGCACAUUGCCGUCUGGACGCUGCUGCAGCUAUUCGAGUCCGAGGAUAAGACCCUAAUUGGACUCAUCGGCAAGGCAGAGGACAUCAUCGAGCACAUCCGAACCAUUGCGAACCGCCAGAUCGAGCCCGAGAACGAAUUCGAGGACGAGGACGAGGGUGAGGUGGUUAACUUGGCCCAGCGCUGCCUUGAGCUCCUGGGACAGAGCAUGUCGAAGGCUCAUAUUGAGGGCUAAGGGUUCACAGCCGGUAGGCACUUGAAUCCCGCUCCAAGUUGGAGCAGUUCAUCAUUUUCUCGAAAAAGCGAAGCGUUUAGGGGGAUGUUGCAGUA